AUGGCUUCUAGACAUGGAUUGAAACCCAAAAGACCCAGUUCGAAGACAACACUCAGCAACAAUUCUCCGACGUCAUCAACGACGUCGUCUUCCCGGCAAAUUGUGGAACGUUCAACAGAUGACCUGAGCUCGCCUGCAUCCUCGUCUGCUCGAAGCAAGCCUCCAAUUUCCCCAGGAAUUGUACCUUUGGACACUGACAGAGCUAAGGAGAAUGUUACAGUCACGGUGCGGUUUCGCCCACUCAGUCCGAGGGAAAUUCGACAAGGGGAGGAGAUUGCAUGGUAUGCGGAUGGGGAUACUAUUCUGAGGAAUGAACAUAACCCGUCAAUUGCUUAUGCGUAUGAUCGAGUAUUUGGACCUACGACCACAACCAGGCAUGUGUAUGACGUCGCUGCACAACACAUUGUUAAUGGUGCAAUGGAAGGAAUCAAUGGUACCAUCUUUGCAUACGGCGUUACUAGUAGUGGAAAAACGCACACAAUGCAUGGUGAUCAGAGAUCUCCUGGUAUCAUCCCGUUGGCCGUGAAAGAUGCUUUCAGUAUUAUUCAAGAGACUCCAAGUCGGGAAUUUCUACUUCGCGUCUCUUAUUUGGAAAUCUACAAUGAAGUUGUCAACGAUUUGUUGAAUCCAGCUGGGCAGAAUUUGAGAAUUAGGGAAGAUUCGCAGGGAGUCUUUAUUGAAGGAGUUAAAGAGGAAGUUGUAUUAUCCCCUGCUCACGCCCUCUCUCUUAUUGCAGCAGGCGAAGAGCACAGACAUGUGGGUUCGACAAACUUCAAUUUACAAAGCAGUAGAAGUCAUACAAUCUUCACUCUGACCAUAGAGAGUAGCCCUUGUGGUGACAACUCUGCUGGUGAAGCGGUUACCCUGUCACUGCUGAACCUAAUUGACUUGGCAGGUUCUGAGAGUUCAAAGGCUGGAACAACAGGCUUGCGCAGAAAAGAGGGAUCCUAUAUUAAUAAGAGCUUGUUAACUCUUGGAACUGUUAUUUCAAAAUUGACGGAUGGCAGAUCUUCACAUAUACCAUACAGAGAUUCCAAAUUGACGAGGCUUCUCCAGUCCUCACUCAGUGGACAUGGCCGUGUAUCCUUGAUCUGCACUGUAACACCCUCAUCAAGCAAUUCUGAGGAGACACAUAACACAUUGAAGUUUGCCCAUAGAGCAAAACAUAUUGAAAUUCAAGCAGCACAAAACAAGAUAAUCGAUGAGAAAUCACUUAUAAAAAAGUACCAACAAGAAAUUCUUUGUUUAAAGGAAGAACUGGAACAAUUGAAAAGAGGCAUAGUUACAGUUUCCCCGAUGAAAGACAAUGGAAAUGGGGAUAUUCUGCUUCUAAAACAGAAGCUCGAAGAUGGUCAAGUGCGACUGCAGUCAAGACUGGAAGAAGAAGAAGAAGCUAAAGCUGCUUUAAUGGGCAGAAUACAGAGGCUAACAAAGCUAAUUCUUGUGUCUACAAAAGCUCCACAAUCUUCUAGAUUUCCUCACCGUCCGGGAAUGAGGAGAAGACAUUCUUUUGGAGAAGAAGAGCUUGCUUAUCUACCACAUAGAAAACGAGACUUGAUCUUGGAUGAUGAUGAAAAUAUGGAGCUGUAUGUUUCUCUUGACGGCAGUGCUGAAACCACUGACGAGAAAAUUAGAGAAGAAAAAAGGACCAAGAAAAAUGGAUUGCUGAGCUGGUUAAAGUUACGGAAACGUGAUAAUGGUAUUGGGACCUUGGCAAGCUCCAGUGACAAAUCAAGUGGAGUUAAAUCAACUAGCAGUCCAUCAACUCCUCAAGGUAGCUCAAACAUUCACGUGGAUCCAAGAAAUUCGAAUGCUUUGCUCACAGAAAGCAAUCCUUCUGUUGAUCGCUUUUCUGAUGGGAAACACAUUAGAGAAUUGUUUGGCCCUGAGGAUGAUUUACUGGGGGAAGAGACUCCACUGGCCAGCAUAAAAAGCUCUGAUGAAAUUGACCUUCUGAGUGAGCAGUAUAAAAUAUUGUAUGGUGAAGUUGCUCUUCACAUGAGUUCAUUGAAACGAUUAUCUGAGGAGGCUGCACAAAAUCCUACAAAUGAGCAUAUACAAGCAAAUGAGGUUGAAGAACUAAGGAGAAAACUAGCUGAAGUAACCGAGUCAAAGGAGGAGCUGGAGGUACGCAACAAGAAACUAGCGGAAGAGAGCUCGUAUGCAAAGGGAUUGGCAUCGGCUGCAGCAGUCGAGCUGAAGGCCCUCUCUGAAGAAGUCGCAAAGCUGAUGAAUCAGAACGAGAGAUUAUCUGCUGAGCUCGAAGCUUUGAAAAAGCCGCCAGCUCAGCGACGAGCCUCCAUUCCCACCAGGAACGGAAGGAAAGACAGUUAUAGCUCCAAGAAAUACGAGACGGGUGGUUUAGCCUCGGAUAUCAAGAAAGAAUUGGCAAUGAGUCGUGAGAGAGAGCAUUCGUAUGAAGCUGCACUUGCCGAGAAGGAACAGACUGAAGCCGAGUUGCAGAGGAAAGUCGAAGAAUCGAAACAGAGAGAGGCUUGCCUUGAGAAUGAACUGGCAAACAUGUGGAUUCUUGUGGCUAAGCUUAAAAAGUCCCAAGGAGUUGAAAAUGAUGAGUUAACAAGGGAAAAUUAUGAAGACUGA